AUGACUACUCAACAAACACAACUCCCUUCCCUGGAGCCAUCAGCACUGACAAAACUCAUCGAGUCAGCUUCUGCCUCCGGCAAUCCCCUCGCUGCAACCACCAUUCAAAUCCUCCACAAUCUCCAGCACCAACAUCUCUGGACCUCUCUUGAAAUCCACGACAUUUCCACGGACUCAAUUGCAUCUGAUGCCCCGCCAACUCUCAUCUCAGGUAUCCCACCGCACCGCAUAUACACGCACCCAGACGAGCAGCUAUAUAUGUUGGAAAAGGGCAUUGCGGAGGAUGAUCUUCGACCGGAAAGACUAUUCGUGAUUCCUACGGCUCAAGGACAAACUUGGAGUUUACGCCGUAUGGCUGCAGCCUUUGAUUCCUUGGCUGCCAUUGAAGAAUCUUCAGUGAGCGAGGAAGCAAUGUCGACCAGCGAGUCUGUGGAUUCUGAAAAGGCAAAGAAGCUUGACGAAUACUACGAGAAGAAGGAAAUGGCCAAGGAAACCAAAGAAUGGGGCACUAGGCGAGCUCUACUCGCGAUGACCAAUAGGGGUAUGGGCGGAGAGGGUACAGUCGUCUACUACGUUGUUCAGGAAGGCGAGGUCAAGCCGCGACAGAACUGA